AUGGCGGAAGAGACGGGCAAAGCCAAGGCGGUUUCGUCCGAUGCGCAAGGUGCACCAGCCGUGGCCGAGUCCAACACCCUCAAGCCCUCGAACGACUCCGCUACGGCUCCUUCUCUUGAGCGACGAUCUUCGUCCUCGCAGCAACCUCUUCGUCAUGGCAGGAAACCCAUCUACCCCGAUAGCGAUGCCGAAGCUGAAGGUCUGGACGCCGAUGUAGACGAUGAAGAACUCGAGACCGGCCUUCCGCCUGGUCCAGGCGAUCACGAGCGAAGCUCGCUCCUGGGCGGCUCGGCAAGGAAUGGCCAAAGCAAUAUCGGACCUUUGGAUCGUGCCUGGCUCAACGUCUCCAAGCUCUGGGGAGGCGACAAGGCGUAUGCCGCCAGACUCGUGCGUCGACGAAAGCAACGACGAAACGCUGCUGCCGCGUCGUCUACUUCUCGCAGGAACUCACGGUCCAUUCACACAUCCUCGGCCGCUUCGUUCUCAGCAUGGAGACACGAACAUCCCUUCAUCAUGCGCACACUCUACGCGAUCGUUGCGCUUCUCUUCAUCCUGCUUGUGCUGAUCGCCGUCGCUGUGUCGCACCUCUACCUGGCCACACUCAAGUCUCCAACGCCGGAAGCGCAAUCUCGCAUUCUCGACGAGUCCCUCUUGCUCAAGGGUCCAGAUCGGGUUCAGCUACUCAACAUCUCGGACGAGGGCAUCCUCGUUCGCGUCGAUGCCCGUCUCGGUCUUGAUCCAGAUCAUGCUCUGGACCUCUGGCUCGGUCAUCGCGGCAAGCAAGGCUGGUGGAGAAACAAAGAGCGCAAGCUCGUCGAGUGGACCAUGGGCAAAGUGGCCGGUGUGCAAGUCGACGUUGGUCAGGUUCGCCUGUCCGAGAUCGGAGCUGUCUGGGACCAGCAAGCUCUACCGUCAGCCGGCUUGGCAUCAGCUGGUUUCGACCCUCGAGACUUGCUGGCAUUCCAUCUGGACCCUCUCGUCUUGCCUCUGCCUCCCCUGAACCGCAAGAUCGAAAAGGGCAAGGACGACGAAGAGGCGCUCCGACCGCCCAUCCUUGGCAACCACAGCACACCAGCGGCACAGCACAACAUGAGCCCGCUCAACCUCACUGUGCUGCUCAAGCCCGUGGUGCCGGCGCCUUACAUCAUGGAUUACGCUCAGCACGCCAUCAAGAAAGGCUUUGCCCACCUGGAUGUCAAGAUCGAAAGCCUGCGUGUACGCGGUCUCGCCAAAUCCGAGAUUGAUGGCAUCCACCACGGCCGCAAGGCUGGCUUCUUUGAUGUGCCGCGCCGCAUUGAUAUCGCUCAGCAGCACAUCCGAAGCCCUGUCCGUGAGAAGGUGCCCAAGCUGGACAACGACACCAACCCGGACGACCUUCUCAAGGUAGAUGGUUAUGAGUUCUUCGAAGCUGGACAGGAUGACGGUGACGAUGACAAGCACGACGGCAAGGAUGACUUCGUGUCUUCGAUGGUGAUGCGCGCACUUGGACUGCGAGCCAAGGCACAGGCGAUGAACCCGUUGGGCAAGAUGCUGCAAGGCAACGUGCGCUACAGUUUGCCAUUUGGUAUCUUCCUUCCCGUUGAUGCAGCUCCAGCACGAAAGCCGCCCAAGCAUCCCAAAGACGGCAAGUCUCACGCGAUGGACGACGAGGAGGAGGCAUCAGAUGCUGCUGUCCUGAUGGCCGCUGUCGCUACUCAGCCAUUCCAGCUCACGGGCCAAAAGGUGGUGGAAGUCGACAUCCUCGGCCGAGUGGUGCCACCACCGCAAGAAGAGGGCGUGCGAGCUAUCGGAUCCUCCCACGCAGGACAGACUGCAUUCAAGGCUGAUUCGGACAGCGUCGCGGCCGAGUACACCUCGGAGCAGGAUGCGGUCCACAGCUCAGCAUUUGGCGACACGCCUCAACAGGCUGCGCUGAGCAACUUCCUGAGCAAGUUCCUGCGCGGCGAGAACAACACGGUCUAUGUACGAGGUGGGUCUCCGUUCCGCGAGCCCAAGAGCUCCAAGUCGUCCAACCAAUCGGAAUCGUCCGACUUGCCCGGCGAGGGCUCGGAUCUGCCCGAGUGGAUGGACUCUGCAUUGCGCCUGGUCGACCUGCCCAUCUCGUUCCCCGGAGCCGAGGUGACCGAGCUCAUCAAGAACGUUACGAUCAACGACCUCAAGAUCUCGCCUCAUCCGUUCGAUCACGACAAGCUUCUGUGCAGUGGCACGGUGAUGGGCGAGAUGAACAUGCCCGGCGAGCUGAGCAGCAUUGAUGUUCAGAUCACGCACAUGUGGCCGGACAUCCUGGUGUACGAUGGACUGCCUCCUGACAUGCGCAAGAGCGUCGAAGUGGCGGGCAGACCGGUGAGCCGAUUCAACAUGCUCGAUGGAGCACUGGACAGUCUCAAGCGGCUCGCCUUCCUCCACGACUCAGCAGAUGAUGCUCAACUUGUAUCGGCCUUGAAGGACGAUCCGAAGAAGCCGGAGCCUGUGCCACCGCUGCCCGAUCCGCUGCCGGAGAAAGCCUUUGGCCGCGUCCGCCCGUACGACUUCUCGCCCGCCGAGACCUUCACGGACCCAGCAGACCCGGAGGGCAAGCGCAAGCUGCUGCGUGCAGUGCUCAAGGAUGUGCCGUUCACGGUGCUGCCCGGCCGCGGACCGCUGUUCAGGUCGUUCACGUGGAAGCUCGUCACGGGUCAAGGAGCGCUGGUGGGCAUCCAGGGCACCAGCCGUGCCAAGAUCUGGAACUCGGGCCUAGGAGCGCUCCAGCUGCGCAACCUGCCCGUCAAGGGCGCCUUCAUGCUCGGAAAGCGCGAUUGA